UCCGCCCACGUUGCCAUCUAUCAUCUUCAAUAAAACUUCCAACCAGACCGUGUGUUUCCCACAACCAAAACACUGAGAGCGAGAGAGAUAAAAGCCGCCUCAGUCGGCGUGAAUCACAGCCAGCUUCAGUAUCCCUUGUGGAACUAGACGAGCUGGUGCGCUGUGUGGUUCACUGCUCGGGUUUCCUAAUGACAGUGUUUGUGUGGUUGCUUCACUAGGUCAUAGAUAACGUCUUGAAGUAGUGGGACCAAGUUUUGAUAACGGAGCAUCAGCUUCGGGUGAAAAUCAGUCGUGUCUGCCUCGUAUCUGUCAUGCUCGCUGUCCUCGAAGCGGCCGACCCUCAUUCGAAACAGCAGCCGAAGUAGAAGAACAAAAUGAGAGCCUGGACGCGGGUCCUCGUCGCUAUAGCAGUGACGAUGGAAAUGGGCGUGGUCGCUACGAUGUCAAAGGUGGAACUGGUGAACAACGGCUAUGAGGGCGUGGUGGUGGGCGUUUCUCCGCGAGUGGAUUCGUCUAUGGCCUCUGAGAUCAUCGCCAACUUGAAGGAAAUGCUGAAAGAAGGUUCGAAGGCGAUGCUGAAAGCCACAAGGAACAGAGCCUACCUGCGUGACGUCACAAUCCUGGUGCCUCCGAGCUGGACACACGUGGAGGAGGAAGAUCCUGAGGACGCCGUGUUUUUGAAACAAGAAGAGAGUGACAUCCGCGUGGACAUCCCGGAAAGCGUAUACGAAGACCAGCCUUACACUCUGCAGUCAGGUGUAUGCGGGGCUCCUGGCUUCUAUAUUCACUACACUCCAGCAUACCUCACGGAUGACCAGCUCGUGCGAUGGUGGGGAGCAAGAGGGACCAGCCUAGUCUACGAGUGGGCCAAGCUGCGCUGGGGCGUGUUCGACGAGCUUGGAUAUCCAGGCGACCCGAAGUACCCCGCUUACUACCACAGCAGGCGACACGGGGAGUCUGUUGUUCCGACUAUGUGCGGGCCCAAGGUCUUAGAAGGUGAAUGGAAAGACGAGAAUGGAGACGAAUGCCCCAAGAGCCCCGACGGCGCCCCGAUCGGAUCAUGUAUUUUCACAGCCUAUAACAGCUCCUUGGUGUCCCUGAUGUCCUUCUACGCUUGUCAUACUCCCAAUCUGGAAUUCUGCGACAAGGAAACUCACAAUUCCGAAGCGCCCACGAAGCACAACAGAUUUUGCAACAAGCUAUCCGUCUGGCAGGUCAUGGAGCGUCACCGGGACUUCGACUCUGGAGCGAACCCUCCUUUGAACUCCACUGCCGCCCAGGAAGUCCCUGAGCCUCGCGUGCGCGUGGUUCGCGAGCGCCCGCCGGGGAUAGCGCUGGUUAUCGACGCGUCCGGCAGCAUGGUCAGACAUGAGCGCGGCAAGAGACUGCAGCGAGCCAUAUCUCGGUGGAUACUUCGCGAUGCCCCCGACAACACCUCCCUGGCCAUACUCGUAUUCUCCGACGACGUGAAAGUCGUACAGAACCUGACCCAACUCGACAGCGAAGCGACAAGGCGCGCCCUCGUCAGAAGCUUGAACCACAGGCGGGUGGGCGGAACAUGCAUCGGCUGUGGGCUCCUGAAGGCCAUUGAGGUUUUGAAGGACGAGCUCAACAAGCUGAUAUUCCUUGUGACCGACGGAGAAGAGAACGCGUGGCCUUUAAUCGAAGACACGAAGGGGGAUCUUCUGAGCUCAGGCGCCCGGGUCAUCACGCUGGGUAUUGGGUUGGACGCGGACCGGCAGCUUAAUAACUUGACGAGAGAGACAACCGGGGCUUCGUAUCAUUUCAUCGACGAGCCUUACAGCUUCGACCUAGAAUACAGCCUCGAGGCCAUCCAGGAUUUUAUACCUUCACCCACAAAGAGCAGUGUGCUAUACCGUAAAACAUUCCUUAACGUGAGCCAGUUGACCACACUGCAGGAGCAUUUCUACGUUGACUGUUGCCUGAAUAAGAUGGGUAUUAUAAUUGACAUGGAAAGUGACGACCAGUAUACACCGCAGCUUAAAGAUCCCAAUGGGCAGACUGUUGAUGGUCAAUUCGAGAAGUUGCUGCAUGCGUGGGUUUUUGACGUGAGCAAGCCCGAGCCCGGAAAAUGGUUAUGGACUGUUAAGGUGAUAGCUGGAGCAAGCAGCGUAAGGGUCAGUGUUAAGGUACAGACUGAUGAUUCCUCCUCCAUCUCGGUGCGAACUUGGAGAAACGGUUCACCCACUCAGAAAAAAAGUAUCUUUAUGACUGAAUUAAAGAAGGGAGUCUGUCCAGUUCUACAUGCCAGAAUAAGCAUGGAAACGAUGGAUAUCAAGUCGACCAAAGUGAAGAGCAUAGUGCUGCAUGACGACGGCGACCACUCCGACCUGGUCAGCGGCGAUGGAAUUUAUUCCGGCUCCCUUGAGAAUAGCAAUGGAAUCUUCAACAAUGUCCAACUGGGUCCUCUCAUACGAGCCCCAGGCGGGGCCCUGCCCAUCUCUAGUCCUUCUACGACAGGAAGUCCCUGA